UAGACUUAUAACAUAAGGCUAUUUAUUGUGUUAAUCCUUGAUCAAUAAAUGGUGGCGUGUAGACUUAUGGAUACUUUGUACCGUAGCCUACAGACAAGGAUGACUAUAAGUACUACUGUCCACAACAGUCUUCUAACGUCCCACGGUAAGAGAAUGUCCUCUGUCACAUUCCCCAAAGAAUGUGUCACACACUGUGCUGGUAUUUGCUUUUUAGUGUGUCUCAUAUGACAGUUGGAAUUACCACAUUUACAUUACAACGCUACAUGUUUUUACUAAUCCAGUUAAACUGGGUUUCUAUCCCCUGGUACUUUAAGUAUACACAAAUCUGGUCCAGCAAGUUGUUAAAUCUGUGUGUAUUCCAAUUGAAUCAUCUCAAUUCUGAUUCAGUGAGACGUCCAGCAAGUGUCAUAAGAGUGCAUCACAGAUUGUCUUGAAGGAAGGACAGGACCAUACAAGUCAAGCUAGGAUAAUGGAACCAAAACGACCAGAUGUGUUGACCAUCACCCCAUGGCUGGCACCUAUAGUCUGGGAGGGGACCUUCGACAUGGCUAUUAUUAAAGAGUCUUUCAAGUUUUACAAUGGGAUCAUAGCAACCACUGUGUUUGCAGUUGCCAAAUACACUCGUUACCUGCAAGACUUCUUGGAGACAGCAGAAAAGCACUACAUGGUGGGACUGAACGUCCACUUCUAUGUUUUCACCGACCAGCCGGCCGCUGUGCCCAAUGUGACUCUAGCAGCAGGCAGACAAAUCAGCAUCAUCAAAGUACCCAAAUUCAGUCGCUGGCAGGAGAUCUCCAUGAGAAGGAUGGAGUUCAUCCAGGUGGCUAUUGAGGAGCGGAUUCGCCACGAGGCAGACUACCUCUUCUGCGUGGAUGUAGACAUGAAGUUCCAUAGCCAUGUUGGGGCCGAGAUCCUGGGGAAGCUGGUGGGAGUUCUAAACCCCUGGCUGCACCAGAGCGCCCGGGAUAACUUCAGCUACGAGCGACGACUCAUCUCCAAAGCUUACAUCCCAUAUGGACAGGGGGACUACUACUACGCAGGGGGCUUCUUCGGAGGACAUGUGGAGGAUGUCUACAAACUGGUCACAACUUGCCGCAAGAACCUAGAAGCUGACAAAUUGGUGGAGGUUGAGGCUAAGUGGCAAGAAGAGAGCCAUGUCAACCGUUACAUGCUGCUGAACAAGCCCACCAAGGUCCUCUCCCCAGAGUACCUUUGGGAUGAGGAACUGGGGUCUGGAGGCUCAGAGAUCAAGAUUAUCCGAUACGCCACCGUCCGUAAGAACAUGAAGGAAGUUAGGGAGAAUAUCUGAGAUUUACAUUUAGUCAUUUAGCAGACGCUCUUAUCCAGAGCGACUUACAGUAAGUACAGGGACAUUCCCCUGAGGCAAGUAGGGUGAAGGGCCUUGCCCAAGGACACAACGUCAGUUGGCAUGGCCGGGAAUCGAACUGGCAACCUUUGGAUUACUAUCCCGAUUCCCUCACCGCUCAGCCACCUGACUCCCCGCAGAGCUGCAUGCAACGGUUUCUUUGCUUUCAUUGUUUUUUGUUUCUGUUUUUUUUUAUACAUUCAAAUACUGGUAUUUGUUUUAUUGUGUGGUACUGUACUGGGGGGCAUUAUUAUUAUUUUAAAAAUAAAAUAAUAAUAAAAAUGUGUUUUGGCUAGUAACUGUUCAUGUAUUUGCCUGAAUGAAGUUAUUGCUUUGUCUUGUGAUAUAUAUUGGGAGAUCCCAAGGCUCACACAUGUUAACAUGUCAUGUUAACCAAAUUGAUGCGGCCGCCAUAUUAGAUUUUAUUGACAGGUGUAAAAACCAAGCCUCACAAAAGUUAUCAAAUAGAGUAUUGAUCUUUGAAACUGUCCUGUAGAGCCAAAUCUAAAUCAGCGGGUAGCUGCCAAAAAGAAAGUUGGGUCGUAUCUCAGCAAAGUUGGAUGUAUUGAUGGGUUAAUAAUGUUUAAUAAUGUAGAAAAUGUUUUGUCCGUCUCUUCAUAAACAGAGUGACUAAGUUCAGUUGAGUUCUAUCAAUCUGCAGAUUGGGAGAGAAAACCAGGGCCCAAGAAUGUAAACAUAGAUGGUGACAGUCAGGCAGUAAUUACAUUGCAACAGUCUCACAGAAAGAGAUUCACUGCUCCCAGCACAUGACAACUCUCAGACUAGAGAGUUCAUAGUUGGAGCUCUCCUUGUAGUCAUGACAAGGGACGUUUAGCCAGUACUUUCUCCAGCCCCCGAACAUCUAUUAACCCUGACACAUAGCCACAAUCUACUCUUAUUAAUAGCAAGCUUACAUGAGAACAUACUAACUAGUAUCCAAUGACUAGUUUUAUUGAUUAGUGAAUAAUGUAAGCACACAGGAAAUCCCAAUUUCUUCCACAUUAUUUACGCAAAAACUUGAUAAAUGUCCUCAGAACCCUAUUCUGAGGAUGUCCAAAAUGUGUUUUGACCUGUCAUUUGACCUGCUUGGCCCUUUCAUUGCUGCUUGCAGCUCUAUUUGAUCAUUACAUUGUCUGAUAAUGUUUCAUGAAAAUAACAUUUGAUAUUGAGUAUAAUUUUAUACUGUAUCUUAUAUUAAAAUGUAAAUAAACCUUU